AACAGUCGCGGUGGAUGCAAUCUAUUGGCUUCUCGGCGCUGCUGCUAAUGUCACAACCCCGCAUGUAGCCCGCACUGCCUCCACCCGUGUAUUUCUGUCGCCGCGGCCCGCUCUCCCUCCCCCUUAAAUGGUGUGGGCAGGAGUGGUAUGGAAGACUGCAUUGGGAAGCUUCACAUGGAAAUGGUCUUUGCUGUUGGCAUUGCUCUAGCACCAUUCUGGUGACAACAACAUGCCGUUGAAAUGGAAAAGCGGUUCUCCUGUCAGCUGGAAAUUCCCAGUGCCGGUCCUUAAGACAUCCCGGUCCUCGCCGCUUUCACCUGCCUACAUCCACCAACACUCCUUUGUGGUGUGGACAACCCACUCUCUGCUCGCUGCCUGUUCGACUUACCACCUGACAGGAUCCCUCGUAGAGGACGACGACGCUCACAUGAAAGUUGCUCUGGGCUACGGUGAUAUGGGCAUCUGUGCUCACCUGCAGGCAUCAAAGACUGGAAACACGCGAUUUUUCACAAGCAACACACACAGCUCAGUGGUUCUUCAGGGAUUCGACCAGCUGAGGAUAGAAGGAUUGCUAUGUGAUGUCACAUUGGUGGCUGGGGAUGGCGAUGAAGCUUUCCCCGUACACCGAGCCAUGAUGGCAUCCUCCUCCGACUAUUUCAAAGCCAUGUUCACAGGUGGAAUGAAAGAACAGGAUUUAAUGUGCAUCAAGCUCCACGGAGUUAACCGAAUAGGCCUGAAGAAGAUCAUCGACUUCAUCUACACGGCCAAGUUGUCGCUCAACAUGGAGAAUCUACAAGACACACUCGAGGCAGCCAGCUUCUUACAAAUCCUUCCUGUGUUGGAUUUCUGCAAGGUCUUUCUAAUAUCUGGGGUUUCCCUUGACAACUGUGUCGAGGUGGGCCGUAUUGCGAACACGUAUAACCUCACAGAGGUGGACAAAUAUGUCAACAAUUUCAUACUGAAAAACUUCCCCUCGCUUUUGGGCACUGGCGAGUUUGUCAAGCUGCCGUUUGAACGCUUAGCUUUUGUGCUGUCCAGCAACAGCUUGAAACACUGCACUGAGUUGGACCUUUUCAAGGCCGCUUGCCGCUGGCUACGCUACGAAGACAGUCGCAUGGACUAUGCCUCAAAGCUCAUGAAGAACAUCCGCUUCCCCCUCAUGAACCCGCAGGAGCUCAUCAAUCACGUACAGACAGUUGACUUCAUGCGCACUGACAACACGUGCGUCAACCUUCUCCUGGAAGCGAGCAACUACCAAAUGAUGCCCUACAUGCAGCCAGUCAUGCAGUCAGAACGGACAGCCAUCCGCUCAGACAGCGCCCACCUGGUCACCCUGGGUGGCGUCCUGCGGCAACAGCUCGUUGUGAGCAAGGAGCUGCGUCUGUUUGACGAGAAAGCUCACGAAUGGAAAGCGUUGGCACCUAUGGACGCGCCUCGCUACCAGCAUGGCAUUGCGGUCAUUGGCAACUUCCUCUAUGUGGUGGGGGGCCAGAGCAACUAUGACACCAAAGGCAAGACAGCAGUGGACACGGUGUUCCGCUACGACCCUCGCUACAACAAGUGGAUGCAGGUGGCGUGCCUUAAUGAGAAGCGUACCUUCUUCCACCUCAGUGCGCUCAAGGGACACCUCUAUGCUGUCGGUGGAAGGAACGCGGCUGGGGAGCUUGCUACUGUGGAGUGCUACAACCCAAGGACGAACGAAUGGACGUAUGUUGCUAAAAUGAAUGAGCCACACUAUGGCCAUGCCGGGACAGUGUAUGGAGGCUACAUGUAUAUUUCAGGGGGCAUCACUCACGACACCUUUCAGAAGGAGCUGAUGUGCUUUGACCCAGAUUCUGACAAAUGGACUCAGAAGGCGCCCAUGACCACCGUGCGCGGCCUCCACUGCAUGUGCACAGUGGGAGACCGCCUCUACGUGAUCGGUGGGAACCACUUCCGGGGCACGAGCGACUACGAUGAUGUGCUCAGCUGUGAGUACUACUCCCCCGCCCUGGACUUGUGGACUCCUAUCUCCCCCAUGUUGCGGGGCCAGAGCGACGUGGGAGUGGCUGUGUUUGAGAAUAAGAUCUAUGUGGUGGGCGGAUACUCGUGGAACAAUCGCUGCAUGGUGGAAAUAGUUCAGAAGUAUGACCCCGAGAAAGAUGAGUGGCACAAAGUGUUUGACUUACCCGAGUCGCUGGGCGGAAUUCGAGCCUGCACGCUCACAGUGUUCCCCCCUGAAGAUAUCUCAGGCUCGCCGUCCAGGGAGUCGCCCCUUUCAGCACCUUGAUGAGUGAAGGGGGGCGCCCUAUUUUGGUCAUACCCCCUCAACCCCCUUAACUCCCCAACAAACACGUAUAGACAUUGUUUGCACUUCUUGGGACUAAGUGUGUACUGCUACCCUCAGUCCUACAAACGUGGUUCAACCAACAUACCGUACAGUCAUGGCAACCGAUUUACACCUUAAUGUUGCACACUCGGUUUAUAUUUUGUCAGGAAAGUACCUUGACCUGUAAAGGGACUUUGCAAAUCAACUUUUCUACCUGAUGUCGCCACUAGUCAUACGCCGUCGUGCGGAGCAGGGUGACUCCGGGGCAAACUCAGGGCUCGGCCCAGGCCCGUCUAAACAGCUCUCCUUCAGUUUCACUUCUUUCCUGCGAUUGCUACGAAACUGUUAAAGUGGUGUUUUCUAAAUUUAAUAAACAUGGUUUUUAAAGUACGUAGACCUUCAUGGCAUCAUUACUGCUUGAGGACAUUCCCAGUCUUCCCUGUGAUUGAUUCCCAGUCGCACCUGUCCGUUACGGACUUUUGUUUACUGCUGGUAUAAACAAUCUGCUGACUGGCGUUACCUGGAAACUGGUGCUUUCUCCCCGUGCUGGCAUCAUGACAGACGGCGGUGUCGCCCACAGUCUGCCCACCUGCUCUCGGCCAAUUAAAUCCUUAGUAGCGGCAUAUGGUGUCCGAGAUGAGUGCUUCCCGCUGUUACUGGGAACAAAAGGUUUGUGUAAUCAUUAGGUGAGUUUGGUCCAUAGUGUUAUAUCCUCAUUAUGCUCUCAUUACAGCACAUUACUGUGGUGCCUCUGAUUAUCCAUGUAUUUUUGAUCACAUCAGAUAGGAGCAGAAUAUAAUUAUUUGCCAGCAAAUAAUUACACCUGUACCAGCUACAGCUCGGGAAAAAUCUAAGGCACCACAAAUUUUGACAGGUGGAGAUCAUGCCACAAUACGCAUGAAAGCUGCGAUUAAACAUUAGGAUUACCAUAAUUUCCGGACUGCAGAGGGCGCAGGUAUGUAAGCCGUACCCACCAUAUAAAGAGGUAUAUAAAUAAAUAAAUAAUAUUUUAUUAUUAUAAUAUAUAAAUAAAGAGGUGGGAAAAAAGAUUUGUACAUAUAUAGGCCACACCUGUCUAUAAGCCGCAGGUGUCCACGUCAUAACAUGGGAUGUUUAGGACACAGAAAGAUGUUACACAGAAAUAAUUUUUUUUUGAACUUUUGAUUAAAUAUAUGUUUUUUUCCAAACAGUGCCAAGCAGUGCAUCGUAAUAUGGCCAGUCAAAGAGUGAAUGUAAGAUGGCUAGUUAAACAGUAGCCUACCAGAAAAGUCAUUCAUCUCGUCCUCGUCGUCCUCCUGGGAACUAAAACCAUUCAAGUCGUCUUGACAAGCAUCACAAUUGAACAGCCUCAUAAUUCCUUCGUCACACACUUUGUCAGUCUCUCUCUCUCUCUCUGGUUCUCUUUCCCUCUUUGUCUUUCAAAACCCGUUGGUGAUAGUGGAAGGUUGGCAGUUCGAGUAGUCCAAACAGAGGCUGCAGUAAUUCUUCACUUGAUCAAACUUACUUAAGAUGUGUCAGAGAUCACUGCAUGAGACUUGAAAAUGUGAUAUUAGUCACUUGUCCACAUCACUACUUCCUGAAGCUGCAUUCUAAGCAUCAUGGGAAAUGUAGUUAUUAGCCACUGAACACGCUGCAGGGUUCAAAGCAUGACAAUAUAGGCCUCAAAUAUUGGUUUCUGAACUCUUUAAGUGAAAACAUGACAACAUUUUUAAAAAAACCAUUUAUCAUUUUCUCUAAAUUCCAUCUAUCCAUCCAUUUUCUAUGCCGCUUGUCCAUACUUGGGUCGCAGGGGUACGCUGGAGCCUAUCCCAGCUGACUUCAGGCAAGCGGUGGGGUACACCCUGGACUGGUCGCCAGCCAAUCGCAGGGCACGUAUAGACAAACAACCAUUCACACUCUCAUUCAUACCUAUGGACAAUUUAGAGUCGCCAAUUAACCUAACAUGCAUGUUUUUGGAAUGUGGAAGGAAACCAGAGUACCCGAAAACAACCCAUGUACGCACGGGGAGAUCAUGCACACACCACACAAAGAUGCCCAAGUGGAUAUUCCAACCCAGAUCUUCCCGGAUUUUCUCUUUCUUUAUAGAAUAAAAAACAUGUUCAUUGCUUCUCAAACACAUACUGUAGUAAAAUCAGAGAUCAUCAUUUAGCAGUGGUCUCUGAUUUCCCGGAGCUAUAUUUACAGCCGUGUACAAACAGAGUUAGAAUCAGUUUUUCAUCCAUUUAAUUAUAAGUCAUUUCCAAGUACCAAUUAUAAGACAAACUCCUCUUUUUCAAGACCAGUUUUGGAAAAUUACUGUAUAGUAUUGAGUUUGCUUCCCAGGGACUGACUGCUUUCAGCACUUAGAUGAGUGAGGCGGAGGGUUGGGGGUGCAUAUGCACCCCAUGACGCCCCACUCUUCAGAUCCGUUGACAAACAAGCUUAGCAAAGUUCCACGUUUGAAUGUUUAUUGUUGUCGUGUGCAGUGGCGGUGCAUUAUAGUGUCGUUGCUAAAGACUCUGCCGUUUAGCGAUUCAGUCUGAAUAUUUACGUCAGAUGAUGUCAUAUGGUGGCAAAUUCAAAUGUUUUGGCCAUGGAUUGUAGCUAGAACAGCACGAGAAGCAUCCAAAGGUGUCUCGGAAACGUUUGCUUAAGUAUGAAUAACAUCUUCAUUGAGCCGAGCAUACGAACCAUCGAACGCCAGAGUAACAUCAUCUUAAGUAUAAGCAAUAUUAAUGAAAUGGCAGAAAAAACGUGUCAGCAUCCACUUAGGCUAAGCUCCGCCCACCGCCUCAUCAAAACACUGGUAGCUCCUGGAUUGUCCACAUUGCUCUUUUUGAAAUAUUUGGAUCACUAUUCUCUUAGAAUACUAUUAUUUUGGAUCACACUAUGAGGUCCUGGGCAAGGAAAUUGCUGAGUCCCAUAAGCCACUUACUUACCUGCAGGAGAGAGAGCGUCAUGACUACGAGCAGGCCGCCUACAUGAAAUAUGUGAGUAUAUAACAUGGCAUGGCUGCGGAAAAGUUCAUUUUUUUACCCUGUUUUUGUGUAAAUGUUGCGUAUGGUGAGUUCCGUGGCUGGAGGCGAGGACAAGCUGUCUGCCUGCCCAACAGCCAUAGAACUCUCAAAAACGGUAAGAUUCCACCCAAGUAACAUUUGAGAACUGCCAAGUGUCAAAGUCUAUAAGCCACGUUCUCCUGCUGACUGAAAACCUGACAAAGGAGUCAGAAUUUAAAGUUGAGGUGCACUCAAAAUUGCGUAUUUUUUGCAGCGUUGAAUCGCCGCUACGUGAUUUAAAAACAUGUAAAAAGAUGUGGCAAAUAAAACCUUGCACUCACCAAAAUAUGUCAGUGAUCACAAUCGCGAUGAUUUGACACCACAUUAUUUUUAGGCAUCAAUAUAAAGUAAUUAAGCCCUAUACUUUUUUCUUCUUCUUCGUCCAAACUUCCUGUGCAUGGUCAAUAUUAUCUGCGUAGCAAAAAUUGUGUGUGUAUUUAGCAAACAAUAAUAGCAUCAAUAAUGACUUCCACCGUAAAUCAUUUUACAGGGUGCUAUUACAAUUAAUAUCAGAGCCACUCACUAAAACCAUGAUAUUCCUGUCAGGUUUUUCCCAAUAAAUAAAUUAAAUCAUCAACAUAGAAAAGCCCAAACAUAAUUCAAGAUUCAUUUUGUCAUCACUAUACGUCAAUAAUGUAACAUCUACAAGCAAGGAAUUUCCCUUUCACCUCCAACUAACAAUUUCAAAAUAUACAUAGAAGAUCCUCGUCACGAUCUCUGCAGGUUUGGAGAGCGUGUCAUAUAUGCCCAUAAACGCCUUCCAUUUUCACACAGAACCGUGAAACGGCGCAGUGGGACAGCACCUUAAAUAAGGUAAGCAAAAUAUGAGAAACACCUCCGUGUUAGCGACGCUAGCACCUCCCAGCUUCAUACUGUUCGCCGUGUGACAUCGCGCUCUCACUAAGGGUGGCAAAACACAAUCUUGUUUUUACUAUCUCACCAUCCAGACCCAGUGAGGCGUGAUCCGCUGUCUCUAUUCAUCUUUGAGGGAGUGCGCUUUCAAAACAAACCUCUUUUAUGAAGUCUGAAGACUUCAUCCUCCGUGUAGUCGGGCUCCAAGGCUGCUACUCUUGAAUGCUAAAGUUUGUGUAAGCCAGUGUCAAUAUUACAUGAUGGCGCUUGUGUUUUAAUGAACAAUGCAUCCCUUUGAGACAAAGCAAAGGAAAAAAGAUGACAAACGUCCUCCUUCAUAUUCUUCUCCUUUCAUCAUCUUCACUACCUGUGCUUCUUGGUGGAUUGCAUCACCGCUGGUGGCCUUAUUUACCAUGUGAUAAGGUGCGUGCGCUCGCGUGUGCGUACAGUCGAGCACACAUCUGGGUCGCCAUGUCUUCUCCUCAAAAGGCAAGAAGUUGACCCCCAUGUUGCCCAGGCUCAUGCACAUACAAUAUCGAUUCAGAAUAUUCAAAAUAUGUCUAUUUAAAUAGUAAAUGUCGUUAAUGAUUAAAAUUAAAUCAUUUAAAAACAAUUGAAAUUUGAAUUAAAUUUAAGGAGGGGAAUGCGCUUACAGUAACUAAAGCGUCGAUCCUCACCCCACCCCCGCCCCUAUUCAUGAUGAAACACCCCGUAGAGAUGCAGAACCUCACCGUCUUCUGACUGCAUGCACAAUGGCGUUAAUGGCUAUUGAUCCCAGCAGCUGGCACACGCCCAAAGUAUCUAAAAUAACUUCUCCUCGUUGCAUAAUCGUAUUCAUCUCAUUGCUGCACUGAAUCAAAAGCAAAAGGUGCUUCAGAAAGGUUUACAUCUCUUUAUGAAAUGUCUCUAGUGAAUAUUCAUAGGUCAAGUUUUGGUGCGCCCUGUCCCAUGCGAGCGUGUCGUCCCUGAUUCCCCUCUUCUUCCAGCACCAGACGUGUAUGAGGGAUUAUGGCGGUGGUGGGAGGGGUAAUUAAGGGCUUUGUUUUUCUUGAACAUCUGGCCAUGUCGCAGGCCUAGAUUUUAUUGUACGCAUCGCUUGUUUACCCAAAUUGCAAAGUCUGUGUUCUGCCGCCAAACUGGAGCAUCUCUUUCCACAGAUAAUUCUUUUCAUGCACCCUUGCCUAUGAAAAAGAUAAAUAGGCAAAAGAUAACUUUUGUGACAUACUGUAUAUAUACUGUAUAUAUAUAUGUGUGUGUGUGUGUGUAUAUAUAUAUAUAUGUGUGUAUGUAUGUAUGUACAGUAUGUGUAAUAUAUAUAUGUGUGUGUGUGU